AUGAUUAGCUUGAUUAAACAAAUUAAUAAUAAUAAAAUAAUGGAAAUAACCAAGGUGUACGAGGUUCUUGCAAUUGUGCUAAUUUGUGUACUUCUCUACUCACUGAUCGCAUUGAUUAUCAUUUACGGUAAAAACUGGGAAGCGUUGAGAGUUUACUGUCCGGCAGUGGAGAUGGAUAUUAUGAACCCUUUCCCAUACUAUUAUAAUCCGAAGCAGGAUUAUUUGUACCUGAAAUCCAGGCGCGAGACUAAACUCAUACUUAUGCAAUACAUAAACGCAUCUCAUUUAAGGCAAACCUCAUACCAACGCACUGUCGAGGGCCGCACCCGAAGGCCCGUGAGUAUCGCUGCGGAGACGGUGUUAGCGUUGGGUAUAACGGGAAACACAGAGGCGUCGCAAACCCUUAGAUUGUUGGCCCCCUUAACCCUCAACUGGGGGUCGACCACAACGUCCGACCUCUCUAUCGCACCCAUACGACAGGUGCCCGUCGGGUGA